AUGCAUACAGAAAUAGUAACUACCUGUGAAGAUGAACGUCCUUGUGAGCCUACUACUUCAAGUGAAGAGAUUGCGAUCGUUAUAGUUACGCGCACAUCUAAUACCACUAUUUGCCCACUCAAAGAGAGUGCUAGUUCUGAAUCAUUAAUGCCAACUGAAGUCAUCACUACAGAAAUAGAAGACCACACUACUGCGAAUGAAGAAAUUAUCAUUAUAGUUACACGGACAACUAAUACCACAACAUGUCCACUUACAGACACUUCUGGGAUUGAAAUCUGGGAAACAGAGAUGCCACCAGUAUUAACUACUACAGAAGUAGAAACAACCUUAGUUGAAGAAGCUACUAGUGCUGAAGGUUUAUUCUACUACCCUACGACCGAAGCACCAGUCGUGGCCACGGAAGCUCCUACAACUGAACCAACAGCAAAUCCUGAAGAGCCUACUACUAAACCCCCAAUUCCUGUUGAAACCUCUCCAAAUAGUGAAACAUCUAGUGGUAGCACUAUUGUGACUAAGGGAACCUCGGAAGAUGUCAACCCAAAUACUGAAGAUAGUAAUGAAAAUGUUACAACUGAUACUGUCCAAUUCGACAACAUCGUUUAUUCCUACUAUUUCCCAGAAAGUUCAAUUAUGAGCACAUCGGUCAUUUCUACGCCUAUUCCUAUUCCAAAGUUACCUACAACUACAGCUCCAGAGUCAAGGGAAAAAGUAGAUACUGCCGGGGAAUUUGAUUCCACCACUAACAUCACAGUUAGUCAGACUGUGACAUUAACUGUUACAAGCGAGGAUGAACCUUCAUCCACCCCUACAACGGUUGUGCCAUACAUUUCAAAGGGUCCAGAGAAUCCACCACAAGCACAACCCCCGAAAGAUCCUCCACCCAAAGUACCAUUUGAAGGUAAAGCUGGUUCUUAUUCAGUAAGUAUCUUACUUUUGGUCGCUGCUUCCUUCAUUCAGAUCUAA